CCCGGCAGGACGGGCGGAGGGAGGGAGGCAGGCCGGGAGGGAGGCCGGAGCCGGGCGAGGGGGCCGAGGGUCUAGCCCAGGCCGACGUCGCCGGCCCUCCCCGACCUCGCCUCGCCGCCAGCCCGGCCCCGUCCCGCGAUGGAGCGGCGGGACCCCUGGGGAGCCGCCGUCGCCUCCCGCCCGUGAGCCCCCCCCCCCCGCCCCCCCAACCUCCCCUGGGCCUCGUUUCCCCCCCCCCCCCGCCGGGGGCCGGGCUUGCUCCUGCGCUCCCCGGGCGGUCGGUGGCUCGGUGGCGGCGACGCCCCCGCUCCCUCGGGCCUCUUCGUGUCCUCCCCGCCCGGCGGGCCGGUGGCGGCAGCCAGGAAAUGGUCCGGGCCUAGCGGAGCGGCGAACGGAGCUCACAGCUGCUGGCAAGGAUGUUCUGCUGCACUUUUUUCCACCGUGGUUGCUCCUGGAUGUUGGAUGUGACUAAAGACAUACAGGACUUGUGCAUUACUGACUGACAGAGCAGUUCGCAGCAUCUUUUGAAGCAGACAGGGGACUCUGUGACCGAGUGAUGCAACAUGAACCGUGAAGACCGGAAUGUGCUGCGUAUGAAAGAAAGGGAAAGGCGAAAUCAAGAAAUUCAACAGGGUGAAGAAGCCUUUCCACCUAACUCUCCUCUCUUUGCUGAACCGUACAAAGUUACCAGCAAAGAAGACAAAUUGUCUAGUCGUAUUCAGAGCAUGCUUGGUAAUUAUGAUGAAAUGAAGGAUCUUAUAGGAGAUAGAUCGCUACAAAAGCUUGUUGGAAUUCCCAAACCAACCGUACCAUCAACACCAGAUGAAAAAUCAAACCAAAGUUUCUUUGGUGAUCAGAGACAUAAUACCAGCUCACAUCAGAGCAGCAAAUGGACUCCUGUAGGACCAGCACCUAGCACUUCCUCGCAAUCUCAGAAACGGUCCUCAGGUUUACAGAGCGGACACAGUAGUCAGCGUGGCAGUGGCAAUAACACUAGCAGUAGCGGCCAGAGGCAUGACCGUGACUCAUACAGUAGCAGCAGCAGCCGCAAAAAAAGCCAACAUGGGUCCGAACACUCCAAACCCCGUUCUUCCAGUCCUGGAAAACCAUCUGCUGUUUCUUCGUUGAGCUCCAGCCAUUCGAGAUCUCAUGGAAAUGAUCACCACAGCAAAGAACAUCAACGUUCAAAAUCUCCCCGGGAUCCUGAUGCCAACUGGGACUCUCCCUCCCGUGUACCCUCAUUUUCAAGUGGACAACACUCUAAUCAGUCUUUUCCACCUUCACUAAUGUCCAAGUCCAGUUCAAUGUUACAGAAACCCACUGCGUACGUAAGGCCAAUGGAUGGACAGGAAUCCAUGGAACCAAAGUUAUCUUCCGAACACUACAGUAGUCAGACUCAUGGCAGCAGCGUGAAUGAGCUGAAGCCUAGCAGCAAAGCACAUCUAACCAAGCUGAAAAUACCUUCUCAACCACUAGAUGCAUCAGCAUCUGGUGAUGUGAGCUGCGUGGAUGAAAUUCUAAAAGAGAUGACCCAUUCUUGGCCUCCUCCACUGACUGCUAUUCAUACACCAUGUAAAACUGAACCAUCAAAAUUUCCUUUUCCAACAAAGGAGUCUCAACAGUCCAGUUUUGGCACUGGAGAACAGAAACGAUAUAAUCCUUCAUCAAAAACAUCCAAUGGUCAUCAAUCCAAAUCAUGUGAAUCGAACCAGACAGAUAUGUUGAAAGAUGACUUAAAACUUAGCAGUAGUGAAGACAGCGAUGGAGAGCAGGACUGCGAUAAGACAGUGCCAAGGAGCACACCUGGAAGUAAUUCUGAACCUUCACAGCAUAACAGUGAAGGAGCAGAUAAUUCAAGGGAUGACUCAAGCAGCCAUAGUGGAUCUGAAAGCAGUUCAGGAUCUGACUCUGAAAGUGAAAGCAGUUCCAGUGAUAGUGAAGCUAAUGAACCAUCACAGAGUGCAUCCCCUGAGCCAGAGCCACCACCAACAAACAAGUGGCAACUGGAUAACUGGUUGAACAAAGUUAAUUCACAUAAAGUGUCACCAGCUUCUUCUGUGGACAGCAAUAUCCCAUCGUCCCAAGGCUACAAAAAAGAGGGACGGGAUCAGGGGACAGGGAGCGGGUACACUGAUCAAAGCGGAUCCAAGGAUUCGAUUUCUUCUACACCGGGGCGAGAUUCCAAACCCACCCAAAAGGGCUCGGAGAGCAGUCGCGGCAGGCAGAAAUCACCUGCCCAAAGUGACAGUUCAACACAGAGGAGGACUGUAGGUAAAAAGCAGCCCAAGAAAGCAGAAAAGACAUCUAUUGAAGAGCCUAGAGGAGGUCUCAAAAUAGAAAGUGAAACCCCAGUAGACAUGGCAACAAAUAUACCUUCAAACAGGCAUAAGGCAGCCACAAAGGGCUCCAGAAAACCCAAUAUAAAGAAAGAGCCCAAAUCUUCCCCUCGGCCUACAACAGAGAAAAAGAAAUACAAGGCUUCAAGCAAAUCUGCCCAGAAAUCCAGGGAAUUCAUAGAAACAGAUACCUCAUCCUCUGAUUCAGAUGAAAAUGAGAGCCUGCCUCCUUCAUCACAAACACCCAAAUACUCUGAGAGCAAUAGGACUCCUGUUAAAUCUUCCAUGGAGGAGGAUGACGGCUUUUUUCGGCAAAGAAUUUUCUCUCCUAUGGAAGAGAAAGAGCUUCUUUCACCACUCAGUGAUCCUGAUGAAAGGUACCCACUUAUUGUGAAGAUUGACCUGAGCCUCUUAUCAAGAAUACCAGGGAAGCCUUACAAGGAUGCUGACGCACCCAAAGUGGAAAAGAAAAACGUGCCAGAGAAGCACGUGAGAGAAUCCCAGAAGCAGCCGUCUGACAAAAGUUCCACAAAAGGCAAAAGGAAACAUAAGCAGAAUGAGGAUGAAAACAGAGCCAGUGAAAGCAAGAAAACGAAACUGGAAGAAAAAGCUCCAUCAGGACACAAGACUUCUAGCAGCAGGGAGUCUUCAAAGCCAAGUGCUGUUAAAGAGAAGGAUUUACUGCCGUCUCCUGCUGCCCCAGUCCUGCAGAAAGAUUCCAAGCAAGAACAUGGGUCCCGGAAGAGGACGGUCAGUCAGUCGUCAUCCUUAAAGUCCAGCAGCAACCUUAGCAAGGAGAGUAGCGGUGGCACUAAAAGCAGUUCAUCUUCUAAACAAAAGAAGACGGAGGGGAAGGGUUCUAGCAGUGCUAAAGAAACCAAGGAAAAGAUUCUGAACAAUUCAUCAAACUGCCCUCCUGCAUCUGCUCAGUCUACGGAAAGUUCAAAGUCAAGAAGAGCAAAACUUGUUUUUGAUGAUAGGACUUACUCAGCUGAUCAUUAUUUACAAGAAGCAAAGAAGUUAAAACAUAAUGCAGAUGCAUUGUCUGACAGGUUUGAGAAGGCUGUGUACUACCUAGAUGCUGUAGUGUCGUUCAUUGAGUGUGGGAAUGCAUUGGAGAAAAAUGCUCAGGAAUCCAAGUCCCCGUUCCCUAUGUAUUCAGAAACUGUGGAAUUAAUCAAAUACACUAUGAAACUGAAGAAUUACUUGGCACCGGAUGCUACGGCUGCAGAUAAAAGGCUAGCAGUGCUUUGUCUUCGGUGCCAAUCUCUACUAUACCUAAGGCUUUUCAAACUGAAAAAGGAAAGUGCAUUGAAAUAUUCUAAAACUCUGACUGAACAUCUGAAGAAUUCCUAUAAUAAUUCUCAAGCACCAUCACCUGGUAUGGGAAGCAGCAAGCCUGUCGGUAUGCCGUCUCCAGUCUCUCCAAAGCUGUCUCCAGGGAAUUCAGGAAAUUACUCUUCCGGGGCAGCCAACCCUUCAGGGAGCGGGUCUUCGGUGACGAUCCCCCAGAGGAUCCAUCAGAUGGCAGCCAGCUACGUCCAAGUUACGUCCAACUUCCUCUAUGCCACCGAAAUUUGGGACCAAGCCGAACAGCUGUCUAAAGAACAGAAAGAGUUCUUUGCUGAACUGGAUAAAGUUAUGGGCCCUCUGAUUUUUAAUUCAAGCAUCAUGACAGACCUAGUGCGUUACACCCGUCAGGGAUUACAUUGGUUGCGCCUGGAUGCCAAGUGAUAUUUUGAACUGAAGGAAUGGAAAAUCGAACACAUUUUUCUCGCUGCCUCUGAUUUAUCUCCACAACACUGUGUCAUGUCAAUAAGGAAGACUGCCAUAACACAUUGCUUAGUUGACACUAAGAGCAAGGAAUGCUUUCACAUGUCUCCCAUCCUCAUUUGUGUUUUGUGUUUUAACCCCAAAUCAUCUGGUUAAUGGACUUCUUCAGUAUUCCCGUUUUAAGUUAUUUAAAUAUUUUAAAAUUUGCUACAUAUAAAGGUGUAGUUUUGCUGAUCUGUCCUGGAUAGAUCAUUGGAAUUCCAGUCAUAAUACAUAAAUAGUCAGUUUAAAUCCUAUUUAUUUUAAUUUUUUAAUUUUAAUUUUGAAAAGCCCAGUUUUGGGCGGUUUUAGCUAUUUCUUCCCUAAAUUUACCCUUUUGAGUACUUAGGAGAAAUUAAACAUAGACACUUUAUUUAAGUACUUUGUGAGCUUUGUUACUCUGUAAUGUCUUGUGGUGGUAGAGCCUGUAAAAGGAACUAGGAUUGAUAGGUUCUAACGUGUAGGGACACCAUACUUUUCAUGCCUAAUGCCUAUGAGUCAACUAAUAAAUGACAACUACAGAUUUAUUAUUGCAGAAUUUGUACUAAAUAGAAAAGUUCCAGAUAUUCUUCUACGUAUUAAGAUACUUCAUUUAAAUGAAUUAUAAAGAAAUUUAUAUGGAAAAGUAUUUAGCUGGAUCUGACUUGGAUUGUUUACAAGGCAGUUUCAAAACAUCGAUUAACACUAUAACAAUCACAAAACAUUACAGUAAUUUGCAUUUAAUGUAAUAUUGAAGUAAUGGUGUAGGAAUGAACUUCAGUCUGAUAGGUGCGAUGCAUACAGGAAAGGUUUCUGAAAAGGACAAUCUUGUGCUUUUUUGCAUCUCUUCAUUUAAAAUACAUUUUGUUUCUGUGCUUGUCAUUUUUUGACACUUAGAAAAUCAGUGAACUUUGUGGUUAAAAAACCAACAAUACUUAAAUUCCUACCAGAACUGUCAUUUGCAUCUUUUCCAUUGACUGAGAAACCAGUAAUCUUAAGUAGAAAUCGAGGUCCAUUUUUUUCCUUUUAGGGUCUGAUAGGUAAUGGACACUACAGGAUGACAGUGCAACAGCCAUCGUGGGGUGGGAGCACACCUGCUAUUACAGGGAAAUUGACUGUUUUGAUGCAGAAUGGAUUUAAAACUUGUAUUUACCCCGUGUUAAUGAAGGUCCCAUUAAUGUUUGAUGGAGCAUAAUAUUCACUUGCAAGGGAGCGACUUGGUGCAACAGAAGUGGUUCGUGGAGUUGCAAUUGACUGCUCUCAAAAAGUGUAAACCAAAGUACCUUUCUACGUAAGGUGCUUGUCUGAGUAAAAGGUUUAAAAUGCUACUGCUUUCAGUAUUGCUUAGUGCCCCUAACAUGUCUGGUGUGCCUUAUGCCUUACUUUUAGAUGAAGAUUUUAUGAACUGUUUACAAGAUGUUUUACAGCAGGACCAGGUAUACUGUAUGCAGUGGUCUUCUGCAGUACUUUGGUAAAAUUCCAUUUCCUUUUUAAAAGUACUAGUGUCCGUCACACAAACUGACUUCUCAUUGCGGUGGUCUCCUUUUGAAGAGUCAAACUCUGAAUCCUUUGGAGUGAGGUUGUGGAAUGCUGCUUUGUUUUCUCUCCCACUUAACCCUUUAUUCUGUACCAGAUAUGAACGUGCAUGUUCAGGAAAAUUAUUGCACUAAAUUUUUUGUGUAGUUGUAGUUAAGUGCCAAAAUCACGGCAACCUCAAGAGAAGGAAUAGAAUUCUACGCUACUUAGUACUGCAGUAUGUCCUAUGGGCUUUAAGAGUUUAGAAGUUUUGCAAAUUAGUAACCUACUAAAAGGUAGCUGCAUAUUCGUAGAGCUUCCUUUGCGUUCCAGCGUGUUUUGUACUUCCAGAAAAGCUUUGCUACGUACGAAUUGAUACAUGGUUAACAGACCUGUGACUUUUCCAUGAUAGCUGAAUUUACUCUUCAGGUCUGUUGGAGCAUCCUUUUUAUUGAAUCACUGUGCAAAGGUCACGUUUCUGUUAGUGUUUGCUGUUCGAGACAGAACUCUGUACCCUCAAACUCCGCAUCUUGGUUAAUGGGACACUGUCAACUAUUUUUCCUUUAAUACUCUAAAGUGCCUAGCACACUUUUGACGCUAUAUAAAAAAUACCUUCGUAGAAGUUGCAUUCAUAGUUUAUUUUUUGUGUAGUGCUGCACUAGCCAGCAUGGCUGUUUUUUGGCUUGCUCCUUUGUGCACAGUUACCAUUACUGUUAGCAGGAAUGGUCUCAUCUCUGGGAAUUUUUUUUCCUUAACUAGAGUCCCACAAAUACCUUUUGGUGUCACGCUAAAUUGGUCUCUUAAAAAUGUAUCGCUUAUCACUAGAUCAGUGGAUCUUAAAAAAUUGUCUUCAAAUGACCAGAAGACUUUUUACAUCGUGUCAAAAUGUGGACCUGAACUGGUUGAAAGUGUCCCACCUAAACAGUAUACUUUGUAGUAAAAUAUCCUCUAGAGUGCUGUCCCAGGUCUUCUGUCUGUACGGGAGAUACGCAGUGGUCUUGUUAAUUGACAAGAAAUGCCUUAUGCAUGUGUGGCUAUUUUCAAACAGAUAAAUUUAAACUUCGCAAUUCCAAAAGCAUAUCUUAAUUUGAGAUUUACCGUUGUUUCCGAGAGUUAUGUACUUUGUCAGAUUUCAUAGCUAAAAAAAAAAAUGCAAGUACAUAAUAGGCUUCCAUCCCUCUGUCAAAAUGCAGGCGAAUGGUCUAAACCUGUCCUUUCGUACUUCUACACAACAGCAGUGGAAAUGCACGCCACUUCAGUACUAAUGCACGUCACACUAGUGACUAACGGUGAGGGAAUCCCUAACUCCUGGCUUCCUAAAUGAUUCCCCAGAUGAUCAUAUAUUAAAUACAUAUCAACGCUGUAAUUUUAAUUCCCUCACUGAACGCGGUCCCAGUUGGUGAAUCUUAAAAAUGGCUUAAUCAGACUAGGCUUGCUCAGAUAUCAAUACUAUUUGAAUUUGCUGUCAAACUUGCAGGUUCCUAGGUGAUAAGGUGCAACCAUUUGUAAUUAUAAACAAAUCUUCAGGACACCAGAGUAAAACAGCCCGAGACUUUUAUUUUGAUUUGAAAUUAUUAGCCAUAAAGCAGAGCAUAUGGAUGGCUCUCCUUGGCUUUUGAUGGCAGUAUGCAAUUUGUAUUGUAUGUGUCUUUUAAUAUAUAUGUAUAUAUAUAUGAACUCAGUCUGUCCAAAGUAUAUGUUAUACUUGUUUUUAGAUUAUGGUGCAACUGACUAUAUUGAUAUAUUAUUUAUUGAGUGCUGAAUCACCAUCUUAUUGGUGAUAAAUAUUGCAUAUUAUACAGGAGUGCAAUGUAUAUUCCUUUAGAUUGCUGAGGCUUGAUUGCUGUGAUAACAAAAAAAUGCCCUGAAAUGUAUUUAUGAAUGGCCCCAACAUACAGAGAGUCAGUACUUUAUGGAAAUAAUGUAGCGCUUGCCUGGGGCAAGUAAAAUAAAGCCGUAGGCAGAUAAUUAUGUCGUUUGCCAAAAUGGCAAACUACUGGAAAGAGAGACUACCUUUGCUGUAUUUAAUAUUUCAUUUACCCAACAGAUAUUUGCUGUCACUGCAGUGUUUAUAUUAAGGCAGAUACAAAAGGGCCUGAGCAAGUCAAGUUUGAAUUACCCAUUGGGGAGGAAACAGCUUCCAAAUUCUUAGAUUUCUGACAAAUACUUUGGUCGGGGUUUAAAUUACUCCCAUCUGAUGAAUCAGUGUUACGGAAAACCCUGUGUUUCCAGGCAACAAAGUUAAUGCUAGACAUCUUUAAGUAUAAAGAGUAGCCAAAGCUUUUGCCAGCCAACUCAGACAAAUCCAGACCUAUUCCAGGAGACGAAUUUCCUAAGUGGGAAAGUUACGUAAACUCAAACAAUCAGGGAACCGUGAUGUAUGUCCAACUCCGUUACUUUUCGAGGAAUUGGUCUCUGCUGCCAUGAUGCCAUGUGAAAACAGCAGUGUUGGGGCGGGGAGAGGCAGGGAGGGAAGGGUCAGCUGUACAGUCGAUAAACUCUUCUCCCAGUAUGCGCGUGGCAGAGCAGCAGCUCUGGUCUGUGCGCGGUCAGCCUUUCGGACAGCGUUGGCUCUCUGCUCUCUGCCAAUACUCAGCUGAGUUUCAGUCGAAUACGCUAUACGGAGCAAUUUGAAAUGCUGUGGCACAGCGUAGAGUUUGUGUAGGCUAUCUUCAUGUAAACGCGUCACCUGUUUUAAUUUCAUCUGGAAGCUUAAUGGAAGUGUAUCCAUUCCUGGUGUAACUCUCCACACGUGCUAACAGAGCUGAUACCGGCAAAUUGGAGUGCAGUGUUCCCUGUCUUCAGUUUUUAUAUGCAACCCUAAUCGUUGAUGUAGUUGGGUGCACAGUACUUCUGCAGCAUUUGGUUUUGGCUGCAUUGGCAUUAUACAUCUGAAAACUCAACUCUAAGGACCAGGCAUGACUUUUGCAAGCACAGUUCCUGACAUUUGUAUCUGGUCCCCCUUUUAAAUUGUUUUAAGAAAUUUUGUAUAUGGAGGAUAAAGUGCUUAUAUAUUUAUUAAAAAUCCUUUAUCUUAUUUGAAAUUAUUAUUUGGUGAAGAAGGGUUUUUCUUUUGGGGGAGGGCUCGUGGGUGGGGGAAGGUAACUUUUAACCUGUCACUUAUAAAUGAAGCCCUUAUCAAUCAUACAGAAAGGUACUGUUAGUAACUAUAAUGGGAUGUCUCUGUUUUAUGCUUUGUACAUGACAAGUCCAUGUGUUACAUUUUGUUUCUAUCAAAAUAUUUAGGCAUCUGUCUUCAACCAAAACCUAAAAAAAAAAAACAAACUGUGAUUUUAUUUGUUGCAAUACAUUUGAAAUUUCAAAGGGUACUUUGGGGCUCAAAAUUAGGAUUUCUAAGUCAGUAUGUGCAUUUCACGUAAUAAAGCUGUUAAUGGUGAGCAAAGUAUUAUAUACUAACUAGAUUUUUUCCACAUCUGUAUAGUAUAUUCUAUGUAUUUUGUGGUAUUGAGAUUAUAGAAAGUUUAGUGUCUGAAACAUGCGUUUAAUGUGUAUUUUUAAACAAAUUUAUGGCAAUUAAAAUAUUUGGAGAAAAGGGUAUCACAUUUCAAUUUGUAAAGAUCUUUUUAACUACUGUGUCAUUAAAAUGCUUUGUACAAUGCAAAACUGUAACUGGAGAAACUAAGUUUAAUAAAUAUCAAAUAGAUUUUCUGUAUUAAACUUCAAAAACACUGUGCUCGUA